AUGCCUGGAACCGAUGUGAUAAACGAAUUAUGUGAAGUGAAUGGACAAGAAAGCUCGCAAAUAGAUGCAGCGAGUUUUCUACCAUUAAUGCUCCAAGCUCAAGAUCUCGUUAGUAAACUUGAAAGUCGAGUAUUGGAACUAGAAAGUGACCUUGAGGAACGUAAUCAAUUGCUCCAAGAAUUAGGCGAAAAAGAUGAAUAUAUUCAUGAUCUAAAAACAAAAACUAAUCGUCUUGAAUAUGGUGCUCGUCAAUUCUUGGAUAGUAUCAAUUUAUGUUUAAAUUAUUUAAAAUCCGCUCAAAAUAAUCAAAAAUCUCGUAAAAGUUACAAGAGACCUUCAUUACCCGUACGACAUGAUUCAAAACUUCUGUCUUCUAAUAACGAUUCUGAUUAUAAAGUUGAAUUAGUUAUCCCUCAACUUGAUCCUGUCUCUGAUAAUGCUGUAAAUAAUGUUAUUACAAAUGCUUCUGUAAAUAAUAACCGACCAGUUCUCCAUAAUAAUUCUCGAAGAGAAUCUAUUACUGGUAGUCAAAUUUCGCUGGACGAUAUACCUGAUCUUGAUGAUUAUGAUUUGGAUGGUUCGGAAGAUAUUGCUGAUUUUGAUGCUUUUAUGUCUGAUGAUGAUAAUGACGACUCGACUUCUAUCAACAAUGUUAAUAUUAAUGAAAUUAUUAAUGAAAAUAAUAAUGAAUUUAUUAAUGAAAAUGAUUGUGAUAAUGAUUGUGAUAAUGACAAUAUUAAUGUCCAUGAUAAUGCUUCAUCUGAUACUUCAUCUGAUACUUCAUCUGAUGCUUUAUCUGAUGAUGAUGAUGAUGAUGAUCUAUCUAGUUUUGAAAAUCAUAUCAUUUCUCAAUUUCAUGAUGAACCUGAAGAAAUUGAUUAUGAUCAGGAUGGUGACGAUCAUAUUACAAAUGAUAUUUUACGUCCUUCUAGUUCCGUUUCUAAAUCUGAUAAUUUCUGCUCCAGUUGCAAUACUUUACUCGCUCAAGUUGAUCAACAUAUUGAAGAACGUUCUUACCUUAAGCGUGAUCUUUCUGCUUUGGCCAUUUCUCUUGCUGACGAACAAUCCCUUUGCGCAAAAAUUCAAUCAAGUAAAAUAUCUUUGGAACAAGAAAUUGAUGAUUGGAUAAAUGGAAUGUUUGAAAAAAUUAAUCAAAUGGUAUUUGAUGAAGCUAAUACUCGUGAAGAAUUAGAGCAUUUAAAUAGAGAAACUAAAGGCAAAUUAGAAAAUGCUUUGAAAUCUUCUGGAAGCAGACAAAAUAGAUUAAGAGAAAUGAAAACAUUAUUGGUUCAUUUGGAUUCUACUAAACAAAGACAAGCUGCUCCUCCAUUAAAUGCUUCUCAAUUAAAUAGAAAUUCGGUUCUUCAUAAAAGUUUAUCAAAUUCAUUUUCUAAUAAUCAAAGAUUUAGUAGACUUUUUGGUCAUAUGUCUCCUAGUAUUUUUUCAAGCAAAAAUCCUUUUGAUGUCAUGUUAUUUAAAGGCAAACGCAUUUAUAUUGAUGGUAUAGUUUUUGAAGAAUUCCAAGAAUACGUGAAAUCUCUCAUCAACUCUGCUCCACCUACUAGUUCUACACCUACUCAUCCAUUUAUGAAACGUUGCAUGAAUGAGGAUAUUCAACCAUGCUUAUUUGAAGGUAAUACGGGAUGGAAAUCUCCAUUUUACAAAAGACGUCUAUUAGAUGCCAUUAUGAAAAAUCGAUGUGAGAUACAAACGAUACAUUCUAGUUUUUCAAAUUCGGUUCCAAGCUCGUCAAAUACCAGUCAACUUUGUAGUCCAAUAGAUGCACAAAGUAAUUAUGAUGAAUUACCAGUCGCACCAAAACUUAAAUGUGGUCUUUGUGGUCAUCUUAGAAGUUGUGAUUUCCGUAUGAGAAUUUCUGAUUCGGAUACUACAACACCACCAGCCACAACAAUUACCACAUCCGCGAGUAUGUUUGAAGAUGAGGAUGCUAUCAACAAUGAUUAUUUGAGUAAAUCUGAGAUGGAAGGAAUGAUUGAUCCAAUUUCACUGUUACUUUUUUGGAUAGAUUUAUGGGCUGUGUUAUUUGGUAUUUAUAUUGUUAUUGAAACUUUUAGUAAAGUAGAAGGUGAUUGUGAGGAAGAAGAACGUCCACAAUUUGAUGAGUUAGAAAAGAAUCUGAAAGAUUCGGCUAUAAAACGUUUUGAUUAUACGGAAUUUAGUAAACUCAAAAAAAUUGGACACGGUGGAUAUGCAAUUGUGUAUUCGUCUACUUUUCAGGGAGAAAAGUAUGCACUGAAAAACCUAAACAAUAACUUAUUGCUUGAUUAUAAGCAAUUCAAACAAUUCAUGCGUGAGUGCUGCUCAUCAGUCUGCUCAUCUGAACUUUGCCAGCGUCCAGAACUAGACGAAAUUUCAAAAAAACUUGAAAAUUUAUCGAAGACAAUUAUUGAAUUGAUUAUAAAUAUUACAAAUUGCAUUAAUAUAAAUAGUCUGCAAACUGCACAGUCAAUAUCAAAUUAUUUAGAGCGAUUAGACUCUUCUAAUGAUAUAUCCGGAAAUAUAGACAUGGACAAGCAUCAUGAAGAUAAUCCAAAUGAAUCAAAUUAUCAUAACCUUGAUAAUCAAGAUGGUUCUGAAAAUAAUUUAGACGAAUCCGAUGAAAUAUCUACCGGAUUGAGUAAUGAUUCCGAGGGA